UCCAUUGCGCAGAAUAAAAAUUCAUGUUAUGUAUGCUUUCAAUUCGCGUAUGCCUUUAACAGCAUCGUUAAGUGUUGAGCGCAUCGUUGGCACCAGACCUGUCGCUGAAUAGUCUUUACCAUGCAGCAUAUAUUUUUAACAUGGUCAACGAUUUUGCUCCUUGGUGGAAGCUCAGUAAAGCGCCUACACGUGCUCUGUGACGCAGCCGAGAGAACGGAAUGCCCCUUCCCAACGCCGUGUUACGCAUGGCUUAUUGAGCACACGUGUAGUUUUGGAAUCGCGAACCAGCCGAACAGCAGUGACUGCGGCUUUACUGCCUGCAGCAUCACUGCCUGCAGCGGUUGGUAUAACGCCUACAAAUAUUACUGUAGCCGCCCGCACAAGUUGCCCCACAGAGUGAGGUAUACGGAUAUUUGGCCUCACAUUGCUCGCUGUUCAGCGCAGUGUGUGCAGGGAGAAGGCAGCGGCCGGAUCUGCCAAUGGAGCAACUUGUGCGGGCGGCUACAGUAUCCGUUUCAGUUCGAUCUGGUGGUGAACAGCAGUGCCAGUGGUUACCGUGCAAUACUCGCCGUGUCGCGUUGCACCAGAGCACCACUUACCGGUACAGUCGACAGAAACGAUUCUGUUGCCGUUCUGCGCAGCACCAUCAUCAGUAAUCCGUAUCCGUGUAGAAUGAGACGCGUGCGAUUCUGGUACCAUUUGUCCGACUACCCGGUUUUCGAUUCUGUCAAUCCACAAAACCAGUUUCACCUCAAAGUGUUUGCCGCCGAGCUUACCGGCAUAGCCUUUCCCACGGAUGUGAUCUGGGGCAGAGAAGAGGAUUAUAACGGUGUACGGCCCAAUGUUUGGUAUCAGAGCGAGACACUUUUUCACCGUGCCAACAACGGGCCGUUCUUUAUCUACUUGUUUGCUUACCACAAUGACAACUGCCAAGCUAAUGUCAAAACAAUCACGUUGGACUACAUUGAUAUCGCAUAUGCUGUACUUGAGACCAACGCCGCAAGAUGUCCAUCGACAACAACAACUCCAAUGACGAUGCCGCCAACGACGCAUGUCAGAACGGUGUCAACAAACUCGAUGCUAUCGCAAACACCUGCAGUCGCCCUGUCCGCUUCACCGAAGCGCACGACAAAAAACCCCACAACGCCCACGACGUCGUUGGUUACAGCCGCAGCACCUACUAUAACGACAACCGGAGCCGCUACAACGCCAUCCUCAAUAUUUAUGGAGCUGCAGACUGUUACCAACAUAGCUGCAUAUCCGAACAAAACUUCUUAUUACACGCAGUCCACGCACAAUGUUUUGAACGCGAUUCGAAGGGCUGUCACAAAUGAAACUAUAGAAUUCACUUUCAACGACAUCGUGACAACCGCCAACUUCUUUCAAGAAUUCGCAGAGCAGACAGAUACUCCCAAUGAUUUACCAGAGGGUGCUGAAAAAGACGCUAUAAGCACGCUGUUGCAAAUUACCGACCAGAUUGUCAUUGCGGAGGAAUCUGGAAAAGUAGCUGCAGUAACGGUCGAGAAAGACGGACAAGAUGCCGCAUCCACUAUUUACCAGGCGCUGGAAAAUAUGUACAAUAGUCUACCGCCAACGGAAGAACCUUAUGUGUUUAACACAACGUUUUCUGUGACUUAUGCGCAUGUCGUUCAAAUUAACGCUUCUUCGCAGUUUGAUGAUUGGCAGUUUAAGACUAAGCUAGAAAUUGCCGGCUUUAUUCGUGGAGCAAUAACUAUUGCUGGGGCAGAGGAGAACGCCGCCUCUGUAGCCACGAUUGAAUUCAAGGAUGAUGUUCUGCGGGAAGCUUUUGAGGAGCUGAAACAAACAGCCAACGAUUCGUGCGCGAAGUUCACGUUUUCUCUGUCCGCGAUGCCGGCAUUCAAGUUUGCCAAAUACAUUCCAGUCAGCCAAGUGCGGCAGAGGUCAAGUCCUCUAGUGCUAUUAGCAUCCGUGGGAUAUGCUUUGAAGCAGAAAGAUAUAGUAAUCAUUCGCCAUAACGUGGAUCGUUUGUUUAAUUAUCCAUCCGGCGCAAGAAGGCAGCAACAAUGCACAUUUCUCAAUUAUACUACCAAACAAUGGUCGGGAGAUGGAUGCAGAGUAUCAGCUAAAUAUCCCAAAUGGAACGAUACGGUUGUAGAGUGUACGUGUGACCAUUUAACGCCCUUCUCUCUUCUACUGACCCUGUGCGGCAGCUUAUCGAAUUCGUUCGUUUCGAAGGACAGACUUUUUACCCAGGAUUUGGCCAUCGUGACCACAACGACAACGGCUGUCUCCACUGUUUGUUGCCUCAUUGCGUUAGUUAUAAUAAUAGCGAAAACGUGGCGUCGAACAAUAGUUUAUGACGAAAAGAACUUUCUCCGGACCGGCUUGUGGAUAGCCCUGUUCGGCAUGUAUUGCUUUAUAAUCUCCUCGCAGUUGAUGGUUUAUUUUCCUGGAUUAUGCGGGCAAAAGUUUUGUCUGGCCAACGCGAUUCUUGUGCACUGGUUUGCGUUAAUGAGUGUUGCUUGGACGGCAGUUCAAACAGUGCGCAUCAUUCAGGUUGUGCGGCAUCCAGAAGCGUAUGAGAGAGAAAGGUCUCUUUCUAAAGACAGUUAUCAUGGCUUCAGGAUAAAAAACUGGCUUGCGGCCACGCUUAUCCCUUGCUUGUUUCCCCUUCUGGCCUCGAUGCCGGAAUUUUCCGAAAAUUUGGCGUUACUUCUGGGUGGCUAUGGUUACGCAAGCCAUGAAAAAUGGUGCUGGUUAGGUGACGAUAAUACCUGGAUUCCAUGGGUGACCUUUAUUGUGCCUGUAUCACUUGUUGCUUUACUUAACAUCUUGGCGGUGAUAUUAUACGUCAUCUCAACCCGUAAACUCCAAAAGGACCUUGCGGCCCUCAACAAUGCUAACGCCGUGCACGGGGAUCCUGUUAAACGGAGACUGUACGGUGUUAUCAUAAAUACUGGACUGAUGGGUUGUGUAUGGUUGAGCAUGUGGUUGGCGCUCUUCUCAUGCGUAAUCGACGAAACGGAAACAUUGCCGUAUGUUUUCGUUAUACUGCUCACGGUCGCGUGCGGGUCGCAGGCAGUCUACCUUGUUCUUUUCGAAGCUAUUAUUCCUGGGAAGCAAAAGAAGCGGCGGAAAGAAUGCGAUAAUUAUGCAAAGGACAGCAGUAGUUAUGCAGCCAAACGGACGUAAACACGAAAUCCAUUUUAGAAGUUUCGAACACUGGUUUUGUUGUGGGAAAAUAUUCGGGCUAAAAAAGUCAAAAUAACAGCUGAACAAUUUAGUAAUUAAUGUUAGCAAAAAUAGUAAUUGCAUUAGCUGUUAAAUAGUAUCGUGAAUUCUGAAUCCUGAUCAUCCUA